UCCAACCAACAUAAUGCUGAAGUUCCCAACUUGGAACAAGCAUUUCACAGAAUGGCACAAACAGAACCUAAUCUGGACCAUGGCGUAUUAUGGUUCCUCCUUCCAUCAUACUGGGCUAAAAUGGUUGUGGCAUUAAUUGCCUUCCUCUGUUUUGCUAACAGCUAUGACGGAGAUUUUGUCUUUGAUGAUUCUGAAGCCAUCAUCAAUAAUAAGGACCUCAGGGCAGAAACCCCACUUGGUGACCUGUGGCAUCAUGACUUUUGGGGUAGCAAACUCAGCAGCAAUACCAGUCAUAAGUCAUAUCGACCACUAACUGUCCUAACUUUCAGAAUUAAUUACCUUUUUGCUGGAGGCUUCUACCCAGUUGGUUUCCAUGUCAUCAAUAUAAUACUGCAUUGUACUAUCUCAGUGUUGAUGGUUGAUGUGUUCUCGAUUUUAUUGGGUGGACUGCAAUUCAGUAAUAAAGGAAGAAGGCUAAACCUGGCUCCAAAGACAUCUCUUCUAGCUGCUUUGCUGUUUGCCGUACAUCCAGUGCACACCGAAUGUGUUGCUGGGAUUGUUGGCAGAGCAGACCUACUGUGUGCCCUGUUCUUUUUGUUGUCAUUCCUUGGCUACUGUAAAGCAUUUAGAGAAAAUAAGGAAGGACAUAAUUUUUCUGUAUUCUGGGUGCUGGUGAGUGUUAUGCUAGGUGCAAUAGCCAUGCUGUGCAAAGAACAAGGAAUUACAAUACUGGGUUUGAAUGCAGUGUUUGAUGCACUGGUGAUUAACAAGCUAAAUGUUUUGGAGCUUAUUCAAAAGUUACUACAUAAGGACAAGUCAUUGGAGAAUGCUGGGCUGUUAAGAAAGGGGCUGCUUUUCAGGAUAACUCUUCUGAUGUCUGGAGGGGCCAGUAUACUUUAUAUACGCUGGAGGAUUAUGGGCACAGGGCCACCGGCUUUCACUGAAGUAGACAACCCGGCUUCAUUUGCAGACAGUUUGUUUGUGAGAGCUAUAAACUAUAAUUACUACUAUUCGUUGAAUGCAUGGUUGCUGUUGUGUCCCUGGUGGCUGUGUUUUGAUUGGUCAAUGGGCUGCAUACCCCUCAUUAAAUCCAUCGGUGACUGGAGGAUAAUUGCACUAGCAGCACUUUGGUUCUGCCUAAUUGGUCUGAUAUGCCAAGCUCUGUGCUCAGAAGACAGCCAUAAGAGAAGAAUUCUUACACUGGGACUCGGAUUUCUUAUUAUCCCUUUUCUUCCUGCAAGUAACCUGUUCUUCCGAGUAGGAUUUGUUGUUGCAGAGAGAGUCAUCUACCUCCCCAGUAUUGGAUAUUGUAUUCUCUUUACAUACGGAUUUAGUCUCUUGAGUAAGCAAGCCAAGAAAAAGAAAAUUCUUGCUGUGGCAGUACUUGGAAUCUUGUUGAUAAAUGUUAUGCGCUGUGCACUCCGCAGCAGUCAGUGGAGGUCAGAAGAACAGCUUUUUAGGAGUGCACUGUCUGUGUGCCCUCUGAAUGCAAAAGUGCACUACAAUGUUGGCAAAAACCUAGCUGACAAAGGAAAUCAAAGUGCUGCAAUCAAAUACUACAGAGAAGCUGUAAGGUUGAAUCCUAAAUAUGUACAUGCCAUGAACAACCUUGGAAAUAUUCUGAAAGAAAGAAAUGAGCUCCAAGAAGCAGAGGAGUUGCUGUCCUUAGCUGUACAAAUACAACCUGAUUUUGCUGCUGCAUGGAUGAAUCUAGGAAUAGUACAGAACAGUUUAAGAAGGUUUGAAGAGGCAGAGCAAAGCUACUGGACAGCAAUUAAACACAGGAAAAAAUAUCCAGAUUGUUACUACAAUUUAGGGCGGUUGUAUGCAGAUUUGAAUCGCCAUAUAGAUGCAUUGAAUGCUUGGAGGAAUGCUACAGUUCUGAAACCAGAGCAUAGUUUGGCUUGGAACAAUAUGAUUAUAUUGCUUGAUAACACAGGCAAUCUAGCUCAAGCGGAAGCAGUUGGAAGAGAGGCCCUGGAAUUAAUACCUAAUGAUCAUUCCCUUAUGUUUUCAUUGGCAAAUGUACUGGGGAAAUCACAAAAAUACAAGGAAUCUGAAGCUUUGUUCCUCAAGGCAAUUAAAGCCAAUCCAAAUGCUGCCAGUUAUCAUGGCAAUUUGGCCGUGCUUUAUCAUCGCUGGGGAAAUCUUGACUUAGCAAAGAAGCACUAUGAAGUCUCUCUGAAGCUUGAUCCUAUGGCACCCGGGACCAAGGAAAACUACAACCUCUUAAGAAGAAAACUGGAGCAAUUGCAAAAGAAAGGCGGUGCCUGA